GCACGGCGCGCCCGGCCCGGCCCAGCGCGGCGGCGAUGCGGAGCCGGGGCGAGCGGAGCUGCGGGUAGACGGAGCUGAGCCACACUCGCCUAUCAGGCCCGGCUGCAGAUUCCAUAGACUCUCAGCUUGGCAAUCUGAAAAAUGCAUUAUCUUAUGCUGCUGUUGAAGUGAAAACAGUUAUCCAGGAUCUGGUUGUACUUCUCUCUGAAACAGAAUUCUGCUGCAAUGAAUUUCCAGGAGAAGCUGGGAGAUAACAUAAAUCUUUGUAGACUACUUGGCUGCAAGCAGUUAAAGUGAAAUAAACUUCUGCCUUCUGGCUGCAGCGCUGGUUUGAGGUUUCUGCGUGACGCUCUGCAGACUCAAUCAUGCCAGCGUUAUCAACUGGAUCUGGAAGUGACACAGGUCUGUACGAGCUGCUGGCUGCAUUGCCAGCCCAGCUGCAGCCACAUGUGGACAGCCAGGAAGACCUGACCUUCCUCUGGGAUAUGUUUGGUGAAAAAAGCCUUCAUUCACUGGUGAAGAUUCAUGAAAAACUGCAUUAUUAUGAAAAACAGAACCCGAUGCCCAUACUCCAUGGUGCAGCAGCCUUGGCAGAUGAUCUGGCUGAGGAGCUGCAGAGCAAACCACUGAGCAGUGAGAUCAGAGAGCUGUUGAGACUCCUUGCAAAACCCAAUCUCAAGGCUUUGCUGUCUGUACAUGAUACUGUUGCUCAGAAGAACUAUGAUCCUGUCUUGCCCCCCAUGCCUGAUGAUAUUGAUGAAGAAGAAGAUUCAGUUAAAAUAAUUAGGCUCGUCAAAAACCGGGAACCAUUGGGAGCUACUAUUAAAAGGGAUGAACAUACUGGUGCCAUUGUGGUGGCCAGGAUAAUGCGUGGAGGAGCUGCAGAUAGAAGUGGGCUUAUUCAUGUUGGUGAUGAACUGAGGGAAGUCAAUGGGAUUCCCGUAGAUGAUAAAAAGCCUGAAGAAAUAAUACAGAUUUUGGCUCAGUCUCAAGGAGCCAUUACAUUUAAAAUUAUACCCAGUGUGAAGGAAGAAAUGCCAAUGAAGGAAGGCAAGAUGUUUAUCAGAGCCUUAUUUGACUAUGAUCCUAAUGAAGAUAAAGCAAUUCCUUGUAAAGAAGCUGGACUUGCCUUCAGAAAAGGAGAUAUCCUUCAGAUCAUGAGCCAGGAUGAUGCAACCUGGUGGCAAGCCAAACAUGAAGGUGAUGCCAAUCCCAGAGCAGGCUUGAUCCCUUCAAAGCAUUUCCAGGAGAGGAGAUUUGCAUUAAGAAGACCAGAAGUGCAGGUUCAGCCACUGAAAAUUUCCAACAGAAAAUCAUCUGGUUUUAGAAGAAGCUUUCGUCUUAGCAGAAAAGAUAAAAAAACAAACAAGUCCAUGUAUGAGUGCAAGAAGAGUGAUCAGUAUGAUACAGCAGAUAUCCCAACCUAUGAAGAAGUUGCAAAAUAUAGACGACAACCUAAUGACAAAUACAGGCUUGUUGUUUUGGUUGGUCCUGUAGGGGUUGGGCUGAACGAACUUAAACGGAAAUUGCUAAUCAGCGAUACCCAGCACUACGGGGUAACAGUGCCACACACUACCCGUCCAAGGAGAAGCCAAGAAAGUGAUGGUGUCGAAUACAUUUUCAUUUCCAAGCACUUGUUUGAGACAGAUGUACAGAAUAACAAGUUUAUCGAGUAUGGCGAGUAUAAGAACAACUACUAUGGUACAAGUUUAGACUCUGUUCGAUCAGUUCUAGCUAAAAACAAAGUUUGUCUGUUGGAUGUGCAACCUCAUACAGUGAAACACUUGCGGACGUAUGAGUUUAAACCAUUUGUUAUAUUUAUAAAACCUCCAUCACUUGACCGUUUGAGAGAAACUAGAAAAAAUGCCAAAAUUAUUUCAAGUAAAGAUGAUAAGGGAACUGCAAAACCCUUUACUGAAGAAGAUUUUCACGAAAUGAUUAAAUCUGCCCAUGUGAUGGAGAGCCAGUAUGGCCACCUUUUUGACAAGGUGAUAGUCAACGAUGACCUCGCUACAGCUUACAGUGAGCUUAAAACAACUUUUGACAGGUUGGAGACCGAGACCUUCUGGGUUCCUGUCAGCUGGCUACACUCAUAGUAACGUUUUAAAUAGACAAAACCUCUGCUGUUGUAUCAGCAUCUAAACCUUGGGCAUGGUUAGGCUUUUACUUGAUGGCCACUUCUUGGGAGGAGGGAUUUCAGCUCUUCUGAGCAGCAGGUUUACUCUUCAUGCACUGGAACUGGUCUUGUUUUCCUGUGUCUUCAAUUUUGCUGCCCACGGUUUGGGGUAGAACAGUCAGAUGAAACCAGAGAUUUACUGUGCUCCAUAAAGUGAGCUAAUACUAGUGUAGCAAAACUGCCAAACACCUCUUUAUCAUCAUCUGUGUGUUUCCAGGGUGAGUGUUUUUAACACAGAGUUUGCAGAAGAUACAAAUUGAUGCUGGAGAUCACCAUCAAUGGUGGUUUUAAGCAUAACUGUUCCCAUAAAAGAGCACAUCAGCACUUGGAAGUUAUUGCCCUUUCAGUGCUUGGGAGAACUGAAACAGGCAAAAGAGACCAACAUUUUUAUGAGGAAGACACCAUAGUUUUAAUUAUGUAUCAAUGUGUUUUUACUUUUCUAGAUGUGAACCUUGUCUUACAUGUACAGACUGAUUUAAAUAUUCUUUUGCAAUUAACAUAAUCAUGGAAAGAAAGAUGUAUUCAGUGGCUUAAUAGUGAAACACUCAGCUGUGAGCAUGCAUGGAUUGAAAAUAUUUUCAGGCAUGCUCUGUGGCAAAACAAAGAAAAGUCAUGGGAAUAAUUAUUUAAAUAGGAAAAAAAUGUGGGGUAUUGUGUAUAUAACUUCAAAGUCUUUGGGAUUGAACUUCUGUAAAAUCAGUGGCAAAGUGAUGUGAAUAGCAACAAAGUAGAGAAUAAUUCUUUUCCCUUUUAAAUUCAUUUUAAAUAUUUUUGGCGCACUUUAGAACAAUUUUCCCAUCAGAAAUUUUCAAACAAUGAGGAAACCUUGGACAUCUGAGAAGCAGUUGAAAGAGAUUAAUUCUUUUUAUUGUUGAGUAUGUACUGAUACUUUUUAGUAGUGUAACAUGUAUUUUGUCUCCACUCAAAAAUAAAUUAAUGCUGUAGAGUUCACUGUAAAAAACAUUCUUGUCACUGGAAACAAGAUAGUUGGAAACCCCACUUUAAGAUUUGAUGUGUCAGUGUUAAGCAAAUGUAUCUUAGAGGAUGUAUUUUUAAUAUAGAUAAUUUGGUAUUUUUCUUUACUUACUACUGAUAUGCAGGAAAUGAGUACAAAUGUAAAGACCAAGUAACACCUGUGUGUUGUGUUGUGAAUGUCUUGUAAGUACAGAAUGUGUAUAGGAACUUGCUGACUUCAGAUCAUCCCAUCUGUGGCAUUCAAACAGGAAACCAUUAUUUCAUGUCAAUCUGUAAAGAGAAUAUAGCUGUCUUGUUUAAAGAAAAAAGAAUUUAGUGAAACUUUAUAUAUUUAUGAAAGGGUUGAAAAGGGAUGUUAAGUUUUUAAAUUUCUUGUCAAUGUGAUCAUUUAUUAAAGAGAUUACUAGUCUGUAAUUUGAAACAGUCUCUGUAAAUGGAGCUCAACAUUCCAUGUAAAUAUUUUAUUUCAGUUCAUACGCUGAUAAAGCCAUGAGGUUUUGCUGUUUUAUUCUAAAUGUGUAUUUAAUGUGUGGGCCAUUGCGUUUGGCUUAGAGUCUUAUAAAACAAAUGAAAUGCAAGAAACAACAGCAAAAUCCCUGGGAGUCUGGAAAAGUUUAUGCAAGAGUUACAGAUGUACUGAGUCCCAGUAUGGAUACAUGCUCUGCUUGAACUGCUCUACUGUAACUUCUGUCAAAUCUCACCUUUUUCCUGGUGGACCUAAACUUUUUUGUAACAUAAAUAGGAAUUUGUUGAUUAAAUUAAUUGCAUAGAGAUUAUCUGAGUUGAGAAAACAUUUUCUAUUUUUUUUAAAUCACUGAAAAUCAAACUAUUUUUCAGGGGAUAUGGAAUUCAGUGGGUCAGUUUGCCUUUGCCUGUGAGAUGCCAAGUGCCUUCACCAUCUCUUGAAAUGGAGAGGACCCUUGGCAUCUCUCAGGAUGUGGCCAUGUCCAACAGGAGGGGCUUUAGUCCUCACUAAAUCACUAUUAGCAUUAUUUCUAACUUGGGCUGUCUUGGAACAUUGGGGUACAGUCACGCUUGCAUAAGGGACCUGCUUUUCUCUUUGUCAAGUAGAUGCUAGAAUAAUCCGCAAACUCCCUGGUAGGGACAGUUCUGGCUGUCCUGCAGGCUGUUUUUCCUGUCUUUUUGGAAUUAAUGUAAUUGCCAUUCCUGGGUCGGUGUGGUCUGGAGGAUCCUGCGCGCAGCUCUGCCGUCCUGGGCAGCGCUGAGCAGCGCGGGGCUCCGCCGCGCUCCCAGACACCGACGCUCUGAUCCACGGCACAGCCUGGCAGGAGGCUCCCACAGCCAUGGCUGCCUGCCCUGUCUCUGAGCCAGGAGCUCAUUCCUGGAUGGUAACACCUGCACAAGGAAGGGAAUCUCAUAAACAUAGAUCCAACCAACAGAAUAAAACGUGCAGUCUUUGAUGAGUCAGAAACGUUUUUAAUUAUAGUACUAAAUUGCUCUUUAAAAAUCAACAUUAUUGCAUUAUUCAGCUUCAAAAGCUAAAAAUCAAAGCCCUCCACGAGGCAGGCAGAGAUGACAAUAGGUCUAGGCAGAAAAAAUGUCUUAGUCAAACAGUUUCAACAGGAUAGGAGCCUGCUUAUCAUGAUGGAUCCUGAGCUGUGCUGAACUGUUCUGGGAUACCAAGGGGAACAGGGCAGAUGGAUUGUUCCUUUGACUCCUAAGAAUUUGGGAAUGAAGACAACUAAACAUGUUUCCAAUAUUCCACAUAUUCAAGUUGUGCUGUGUGGGGUUUUAGAGAAAUGUAUGUUUUGACAGUCAAGUCCAGAUGUUUUUAUUGUGUUUUAGCUGUUUGCUGUAGUCAAACAAAGGGUAGUAUUUUUUAAUAUUGUACCAAACUCUAUACUUGAAUUCACCAUCAGGUCCUUGGUUGAUGUCUUACCUGAAAUCUGAUCUUACCUUCUUAUGCAAAACAAUAAAUUAUUGAUAUACCA